AUGAACAACACAGCUACAGUAGCUUUCAUGUUGGCAUUGCUAAUCAUGGCGACAACCAGUCCCGUGAGUGCUCAAGCCCCCGUGACAUGCCCAGGUGCUCUGCUUCAGCUGCUCCCCUGCCUUCCAUUCCUCACCAAGCAAGUUACCACUCCACCUGCACAAUGCUGCUCCAAUGUCAAGCUGCUGAACGACGAGGCCAACACCGCCGCGAUUCGUCAGCAGCUCUGCAAGUGCUUCAAGCCUGCUGCAAUCUCCUAUCAUGUCGACCCUGCCGUCGCCAAGGCCCUCCCUGGCUUGUGCAGAGUCAGUGUCCCCGUCCCUAUCGAUCCUAAGAUCGACUGCAACACGAUUUCUUAGGUGUGGAAAAUAUGAAUGAAGUUGUGGAUUCAUGGGAGGGUGAUGGGCAUGGAUGUUGGGACAAGAGUUUGCUACACAAAUUCUUGAGAUGGGGUGAAUUAAUAACGACAUAAAUUGUGUUAUAUAUGUAUGUUCAAUUUCUUUUCUACAAAUCGAUUGCAAUGUACUCCAUAACUCUAAUGAUCAAAUAUUGAUCUUCUCUUCAAUUGUGAGUGGCUAGAUGGAUAUAUCUAGUUAUUGUUCUUUUUUGUUCUUGAAAUAAGAGAAUGAGUGUUUCAUUUGGG